AUGCUGGCGACACGAGCUGCUGCCCGUCUUUGCGGCAGGACAACUAGAGUGUCGGCCGCAAGAGGCCCUCGUUCCACUCGAUGCUAUCAUGAUUUCGGACAAAGCAAGUUCCUGAAGGUGUCAGAGGAGAUCCGUGAUGCUGUAGCUACAGGGAAGCCUGUUGUGGCAUUGGAAUCUACGAUUUAUACUCACGGAUUUCCAUACCCUGAAAGCGUUGCCCUUGCAUCGUUGCUUGAAUCUGUCGUCAGAGUCAACGGAGGCGUUCCGGCUACUAUUGGCAUCCUCGAUGGCGUGGCACGAGUUGGACUGGACGCUGAAGAGCUCAUUGAAUUGGCAUCGACCGCUGAGAAAAAGAAUGCACUCAAGGUGUCCCGUCGGGACCUGGGUUAUAUCUGCGGCCUGGGUCUGGCCGGAACGCCACUUCAUGGCGGUACAACCGUUUCGGGCACAAUGAUGCUUGCGCACAUGGCCGGGAUUAAGGUGUUUGGAACUGGUGGAUUAGGUGGCGUUCACCGGGGCGGAGAAAACUCGAUGGAUAUUUCUGCGGAUCUCACUGAGCUGGGUCGUACCCCAGUGGCUGUUAUUAGCUCGGGGUGCAAGAGCUUCCUGGAUAUCCCUCGAACCCUGGAAUAUCUUGAAACCGAAGGAGUCUGUGUCGGAACUUUUGCAGAUGGCAGACAGGGCUCCGUGGACUUCCCUGCAUUCUUCACAAGGGACAGCGGAAUCAAGAGCCCCAAGGUUAUUCAAGACGAAGCAGAAGCUGCUGCCAUUAUUUAUGCGCAAAGCAAGCUCGCUGUCUCAUCAGGCAUCCAUUUCGCCAACCCGGUGCCGCUUCAACAGUCGAUUCCAAAAGAGGAUUUGGAUGCGAUCAUUGACGAGGCGCUCCAUCUGGCGCAAGUGGAAGGCUUCCAAGGAAGCGAUAACACACCCUUUGUACUAGCUAAGAUCAAAGAGUUGAGCGGUGGAAAGAGUGUGGUCGCCAAUCGGACACUGGUCGAGGCAAACGUGGAGCGAGCAGCCAAGGUAGCUGUAGAGCUUUCAAAACUGGAGCAGUCGGACAAAGGACAAAAUUGUCUCAUGUAUAGACAUAUGCCAGCAAUCCCCGAGACGGUUAAAGCUGACCGCACGGCUUCAGAAGUUAAGUCGAAUAUGAAACCAGUCCCCGAAGGCGUUCCUGGGGAAGUAGAAAAAGCGGAGGUCCUGGUUGCUGGCUCUCUUGCAAUUGACUUUUCGUGUGAUUAUUUCCCACUUGCGGGAGAGAGCACUACGACUACCACGCCCGUUCCACAAACAUCGAACCCAGCCGUCAUUGGACAGAGUCUCGGUGGAGUAGGUCAUAAUGUUGCCAUUGCUGCUAGUCGUGUAGGCAGCUCUGUCCUCUUCUGCAGCGUUGUAGGUGAUGACUUGAGUGGUCGUGCAGCCUUGUCCGCGCUUCAAGCUGAGAACCUCGCAACUGAAGGGGUCCAAAUGCUUUCAGCUUCAUCGGGAAGGACAGCACAAUAUGUCGCUAUCAAUGACACACAUAAGGACCUCGUUGUGGCAAUGGCAGACAUGGGGAUAAUGGAGCUACCGGAGGACAAGCUUGAUUUUGAGGGAUUCUGGGAUCCAAUUAUCGGCCGCACAAAGCCUCGAUGGGUGGUAGUCGAUGCAAAUUGGAGCCCGGCUGUGCUAGCCAAGUGGAUUGCAGUGGCUACAAAACACGGUGCCCGCAUUGCUUUUGAGCCCGUCUCUACAGCAAAAAGUUGCAGACUGCUUGCCGUCAUUCGCGACUCCGAUGCUGUUCCCAACAACACCAUCAGCCUAGCAGCACCAAAUCAACUAGAGCUCUCAACUAUGUACAUGGCAGCACGUGAGCGCGGUUUACUCGAGUCAGACAACUGGUUCAACGUAAUUGACGCCAUGGGAAUCCCAUCCUCAGGUGCCCGCGAACGACUAGUCUUCAUGACAUCUGCCGACCUCGUCGACCAAGGCAUUCCACAACAAUCUAUCCAGCUCCUCCCAUUCAUCCCCUGCAUCAUCACAAAACUAGGCGCGCAGGGCGUCCUUCUCACUCAGCUCCUUCGUGUGGGUGAUCCCCGAUUGACAUCCUCCGAGGCUUCGCCGUACAUCUUAUCCCGCAGCCUCGGAUCCGAUCUUGUUGGUGGUGUGUACAUGCGUCAUUUUCCUCCGGCUGCGGUCCUGGAGCGGGGGGAUAUUGUGAGCGUGAACGGAGCAGGGGAUACGUUACUGGGUGUUAUUGUUGCUGGGCUGGCGAAGGGUGCUACCGAUAGACAGGUUGAGGAUGUUUUGCCUAUUGCUCAAGAGGCUAGUUUGAGGACGUUGAAGAGUGCCAGUGGGGUUAGUGAUGAUCUCGGGGUUCUGGGCCUGUGA